AUGGAUCCAUAUAGACCACCUGCUUACAAUCAAUAUCGCCCGUCAUACGAACGUCAAUCUUUUGUUUUUCCAACUAUUCAAUCUUCUUAUGUACAACAACAACCUGCAAGACCUAGUUACAUUCGACCAAAUUAUAGACCAAACUAUGGACAUAUGCAAAUUAGUGGGAAUGCAAGUCAGAUAACUUCCACUCUGGGAUCAGAAGUAGAGAAAUUAACAACACUAUUUAUUGGUGGAAUAUCUACUGGUGUGACUGAUGAUUGGAUGGAAAAAAUUCUAAAGGUAGGAUUUCAUUAG